CAGCAGCCGCAAAACAUGUCCAGCAGCCGUGGCAAACUGCGACCCGAUCGCAAUGCCAACGAGGAGCAGCAGCAGCAGCACCAUCAACAGCAACAGCAGCAGCUCCUUCAAUUGGGCGCCCGCCCCAAAAUGCAACACAAAAUGCAACACUCGAAGACUGAGAGUGCCAACUACAUGGAGUUGGAAUUUAGCCAAGAGAGCACGACAGUGGGUCGCAGCUACAGUGAGCUGCCCGUUAGCUAUGCCAUCAGCACGGUGGUGCAGCGUGAGCCAGCACCACCGACACCACCACCACUGUCGCAGAUGCCAUCGCGACUGCUGCACUCGGCGCCGAAUACGCCCAGUCGCGGCAAGGUGGUGCUGAGCAAGAAGGAGCGCAAGGAGCUGAGCAAGCAGCUCGGCUUGGAGGAGCUGGGCGUGAGCGCACAAUCCGCCCAAUCUAGCCCCUAUAAGGGGCGUGUCACGGAGCUGAAGAACUGCAUAGCACGUGGUCUGUUUGCCACGCUGCAUCGCGGCUCACAAAAAUCGCAGCAUCAGCAGCAUCAGCAGCAGCAUCAGCAUCAGCAGUCGGAGAUUGGCACCCAGGAUCUGCAGCUAAGUCAGGAGCUCUCCCCACCGCCACCUGCUCCAGAGCUGGCCAACAAUAAUGAGGACAAUGAUGCCGCCGACUACAGCGAGAAGCUAAAGAAUCUGCCCGUGCGUCAGCGCAAGGCUGCCACCUCGCACAUGGAUAACUACUGCCUGUUCGAUCCCGUAGACUUCAUCAAUGAGAAGGCGUUGCGUUAUCCGAGCAAUGCCAAGCACGGUCUGCGUGAUCCUUUGUUCAGUUCGCGGCAGCAUUUGGUGUGCGAGGACGAGGAUGACGAUGGGGACGAACUGGUGCCGGAGGUCAUCUACGAUGUGGAGGGGGACGAGCUCGAGGAGACCAUCAUUAUUGAGACCUCCGGCGAGGCUGAGGUGGAAACGGAAACCAGCGCCUGUGCGCUGCCCAGCUUUGAGCAUCACAAUUACUUUGUCAUCGAUCCGGCAGACUUUGAGAUGGAGCCCACUAUUCUGGACAUUGGCAUACCCAAUCCCUUUAGCAAUGAGCAGCUGGUUAAUGCCAAACUGGAGCAGCAGCUGCAAAACGAGUUCGAUGCGAUGCCCAGCAUGUCCAACAGUCAGGAGUCCAAGGACACAGAAACCACCUCCACAGCCCUCGUGGAAUCAUCCACCUCCACCAACUCGGCGAGUUCGAGCGGCAGUUCCAGCAGCCAACCAAAGAAGAAGCUCACCUUUCUCAAUCUGUCGCCCUUUCGUCCGGGCAAGAAAUCGCAACAGAAGUCGUGUGUGGAUCAGCGAGCCAUCUCGGAGCUGGUCACCUCGGAUCACAUGCUCCAUCUGCACCAGCUGCUGCAGCAGCAACGGAGGGAUCAACGCGCUAACACGGUGCCCAUCGAGUCCAACUAUGUACUGUUCAAUCCGGGACCGGUGCCCAGUCGCCAUGUCCAGUACAAGAUACGCAAGCCCCGUCCGCUGUCCACGCACAGUGAUGCGGACAGUGGAUUCCUGUCGCCCUGCUCACCCGACGAACUGAAGGCCAAUCCCAGUAUUCUGGUGCUCCAGCAAUGCGACAGCGUUCAGGGUUAUAUUGAGAUAUACACGGACUGGGCCAACUACUAUCUGGAACGUUCCAAAUCGAAGCGAAAGGUCACUGAUCUUUCGGCCGACUGUCGCGAUGGCCUGCUGCUGGCUGAGGUCAUUGAGGCCGUUACCAAUUUCAAGGUGCCCGAUCUAGUCAAGAAGCCAAAGAAUCAACAGCAAAUGUACGACAACGUGAAUUCCUGUCUGCACGUGCUGCGGAGUCAAUCGGUUGGCGGUUUGGACAACAUCACAACGAAUGACAUCUGCGCGGGUCGCCUGAAGGCUGUCCUCGCCCUCUUCUUCGCCCUCAGUCGCUACAAGCAGCAGGCGAAGCAAACCAAGUCCAUUGGCGUCGGUUGCGGUGGUGCGGCGAGUACUGUUGGCGCAACUGCUGCUCCUGGUGGUGGCGGUGGUUCUGUUCUUGGUAUUGGACUUGGCGGCAGCCUGAGAGCGUCUGUUGCUAGCAAUCUGCUAGACAAGCAUCAACAGGAAAAGCAACAACAGCAACUGCUGCAGCAGCAACAACAACAGCAACAAACGCCACAACAGUUGGCCCAGUCACUGGAAAACGGCAAUGAGAUGGUGAAUCGGCAAAUACCGCCCGCUUAUGGAAAGGUCAAUGGCGGAACUGCCAUUCCGCUGCCCGCAACUGUUAUGGUCCAGCGUCGCUGCCCCCCGGACAAGGUGCGCCCCCUGCCACCAACGCCGAAUCAUACGCCAUCCAUACCUGGUCUGGGCAAGAGCGGCAGUGAUUUCAAUACGAGCCGUCCCAACAGUCCGCCCACCAGUAAUCACACCAUACAGAGUCUGAAGAGCGGCAACAACAACAGCCUGCGUCCGCCUAGUGUGAAGAGUAAUCACCAGAGCGGCAUUCCCUCGCCGAGCAGCUUGAAUGCGCCCACGAUUUCGGCACCGCAGAAGCACUCAAUGCUGGACAAGCUGAAGCUCUUCAACAAGGAGAAGCAACAGAAUGCGGCAAAUGCAGCCGCUGUCGCCUCGAAUAAAACGCAAAUCCAGUCGAAGCGCACUUCAUCCUCCUCGGGCUUCAGUUCGGCGCGCUCCGAGCGCUCCGACUCCAGCCUGAGUCUGAAUGAUGGCCACAACUCGCAGCUGAAGCCGCCCAGCAUUAGUGUCAGUGCUCAACAGAAGAGCCAACAGAAGCACAAUACCAAGCAGUCGAAGCUGCUCGCUGCACAGCAAAAGAAGGAUCAAUCCAAAGCAGUUGCGGCGGCUGCUGCUGCUGCCAAGAAGGAGAAGAGUCCUGCCCGCUCGCUGCACAAGGAGGAACUGCAGCAGCAGUCGGGCAACGAAUCACGCAGCUCCACCAUGGGAAGAGCUGUCAAGAGUUCCUUAACACGCGGCUCCGCUGAGAAGACGUCAUCCAAAUCGUCGCUGCACUCCAAAACCGACUCGCUUAAGAGUCAAAGUCAGCAGCAGCAGCAGCAGCAGCAGCAACUGCUCCAUAGUCCCAGCGGCACAGCUCUGCCCAAACCAAUUGCAGCCAUUAAGGGCACCAGCAAGUUGCCCCAAUUGGGCUCCAGCUGCAGCUCCAACUCGGAGCUGUUCAAGCGUGAAACUAGCGACAUAUCCACUAAUUCAAGCAACCAGGCAAACAUAUCCCAACAGCAACAGCAGCAACAAUCAACUGCCAACACACAUAUCCUCAAGGCCUUGCCUUCAACACCACCACCUCCAUACUACGCCAAUGCACCGCCAACUCCUCCUCCUCCUACAGCUUCACACAUAUCAGCCACUUACUCCAACAGCGUCUCGGGCUACCUCAGCGAACCCAGCACGCCACAACAUGGCCACAGCCUCUACAGCAGCAGCAGCGGCAGCCGUUUGCCCCCACCGAAAUCCGCUUUGGGUGGUUCUGCACCACGCAAACUGGAGUAUAAUGCGGGACCACAUAUUUUAGGUGCGCCACCGCGUUCCCCGUUGCAGCGUGUACCCAUGCAACACAAUUCGGCACCGAAUACGCCCACCGCCUCGCCCAGCAAGUUUCAUACGAUACCUUCGAAGAUUGUGGGCACCAUUUACGAGUCCAAAGAGGAGCAGUUGCCAUCUGCUGCUGCUGCCGCCUCCUCCUCAUCCUGUUCCUCUUCGGUGCUGCCCAUGCGUCCGCUGCUGCGCGGCUACAAUUCUCAUGUGACAUUGCCCACGCGUGGUGCACGAGGUGGACAGCCGCAUCAUCAUCCGCAUCCGCAUCCGCAUCCACAUCAAUCCUACCUGGAGUUCUGCGAAUCGGACAUCGGUCAAGGCUACUGCAGCGAUGGCGAUGCCUUGCGCGUGGGCAACUCCACUUCGGGCAGUCGCUAUCAUCACGACAUCGACAAUGGAUAUCUAUCGGAGGGCAGCAGUGGCCUAAGCACCGCGGCUGGAUCAGCGAUUGGUGUUUCGCAUGGCAAACAUUUUCUCAGCAUGAUGCGAGCCAGAACCCAGCUGCCAACAACCAUUGAAGAGCGCAUUCGCAGCAGUCGCGGAUCGCUUGAUAGCAUUGGCACCGCUGCCAACGGCAGCUCGGCGGCCAGCCAGGCCAGCUCCAGUGGAGGAUCCACCAGCAACAGCAACAGCCACAACAAUAACAAUAAUAAUAACAACAAUAACGUCAACAAAAUGGAUGGCAGUCCACACCAUCGGCCAGGCUCACGAAAUGGACGCGAUAAUUGGGGAAAAAUGCCGGAACCACUGAAUGGCCACAAGGCGGACAAGUCGGAGAAGUCAUCGCCUUCGCGUCGCAACAUUGGCGGUGGUGGCAGUGGCAGCUCCUCCAAACAGGGUUCGCCAUCAUCCUCGUCGCGCACCAAAGGCGUCCCACCCAGCUUUGGCUAUGUGAAGCGAGCCAAUGGCAGCAUCGCCUCCACUGCGGAGCAGCAGAACAUUGCCAUGCUAAUGGCAACCGGUGGUGCAACAGGCCUCGUCAAUGGUUUACCUUGUGGUCGUACCGCUCACGUCUCCGCAGUGCCGCGCACUGCCAGCGGUCGCAAAGUCACAGGCGGCACCCAAACGCUGCCCAAUGAUAUGAACAAGUUGCCACCGAAUACACAGCAUCGGAGUUUCUCGCUGACUGGUCCGACGGCGACUCAGCUGAGUCAGUCGAUUAGGGAGCGCUUGGCCACAGGUUCGCACAGUUUGCCGAAGCCGGGCAGCGAUAUGCAUGUGUUCCAGCACAGGGUCUCGACACGCGGAGGCAGCACUCGGCAUGACGGAUCGCUGUCGGAUACGCAGACCUAUGCAGAGGUGAAGCCCGAAUACAGCUCGUAUGCCAUGUGGCUGAAGCAUAGCAAUACGGCUGGCAGUCGUCUGUCCGAUGGGGAUGCCAUUGAUCAGAUGCAGAUUGGCUCGCCAGCGAUGACGCGUCAUGGCCACAAGAUGCUGCACAAUCGAUCGACGGGCGCGGCGGGGCAGGGACAGAUGACCGUGCAGGGCAAUGAGUCGCCCUAUGUGCAGAGUCCGCGCAUGAAUCGCAGCAAUAGCAUCAGCUAUCUGAAAGAAAGGACAUACCCAAGAUCCACAAAAUCGGAGAAAAUGUAUCGCCCGAUGCUGAGCCGUGGGGUAGAUUUGGAAAUCGAGCCCUAUUAUUGCCUCCCCGUCGGCACCAGUCGGAUGCUCAGCGCCCAAAUGGCCGCCGCUGUGGUCCACUCGCAGACGGACAAUGUGGCAGCUGUUGCCUGGAGUCAGCCCACCUCACCCACACCCCUCAAUCGGGGCCCCUUUGCGGGCGGCGCUGCGUCGGCAUUGUCGCCCACACAUGGCACGGCGGCAGCGGCGCUUGCAGCUGUGGCAGCUGCGGCUGGUGGGGAGCGGAGCAGCGUGAAUGCCUCACAUCGUCUAACAUAUCCGAAGAAGAACGAUGAAGUUCAUGGCAGCGCAGCUUCACUGUUGUCGGGCGGCAGCUCGUUGUACGGCUCAGCGGAGGAGCGACAGGCGAAUGAGAUCAGACGACUGAAGCGCGAACUGCAGGAUGCACGGGAGCAGGUGCUCAGCCUGAGCAGCCAGCUGUCAACCAAUGCCCAUGUGGUUUCUGCUUUUGAGCAGUCGCUGUCAAAUAUGACGAAUCGACUGCAGCAGCUGACGGCGACGGCGGAGCGCAAGGAUGGCGAACUGACGGACAUGCGACAGACGAUUGAGCUGCUGCGCAAGCAGUCCAUCCAGGCGGGCCUGACCACCGCCCAUAUGCAGAGCAUGGGUGUCCAGACGCAGGGCCAGUCCCAAAAUGAGCUAAUGCUCAUGCAACAGAAGCCGCCAACGGGCAACACGCGCAGCAAUCACAGUCUCAAUUCCCAUCCAAAUCCCAAUUCAAAUCCAAAUGGAAAUGGCAUGGGUUUGGGUGUAGGCGUGGGCGUGGGAGUUGGCAUGCAGCGACAGCAUAGCACGGAUUCAAUGUGCUCGCUGAACUCGAUCAGUUCGGGCUGCUCGGCGGCGCAGGACAAGAACAAGGCGAACCAGAAGAAGAAGGGCUGGCUCCGCAGCAGCUUCACCAAGGCCUUCUCGCGCAAUGCGAAGAUCUCGAAGACUAGUCGCCAUGCGGGACAGCAUCAUCAGCAUGCGCAUCAGGCGGAGCACGGCUCCAGCAAGCAAUCCUCGCUAACAAACGGACAUGGUGAGGCAUUGGGCUUGGCUGCUCUGGCCACACAGCCGGCACCUCCGCUGCCCGUGGCGCAUACGAGCAGCAAGCAGAGUAGUCCGGCAAAAACGGUCACACUGAUCGACAAUGCAAAACCGAUCGAUGCCAUCGAUCAUGAGGAACACCAAGUGGUCGAUGAUCUAAAGAAGCAGCUGCGCGAAAAGGAUUUAGUUCUGACUGACAUACGCCUGGAGGCGCUCAGUUCCGCGUCGCAGCUGGAGAGCCUGAAGGAUAUGAUGAACAGGAUGCGCGCCGAGAUGAUGUCACUCAAACAGAACAACGAACGACUCCAGAAACUGGUCACCACACGCUCCCUUGCCGGCUCCGAGGCGAGCCUGGGCCAGGCCAUCAGUCCAAAUGGUUCGCUGGGCGGUGGUGGUGGUGGUGGUUCGGAUGCCUCCAGACGUUACUCGCUGGCGGAUGGUAAUGCCCGACCACCCAUGGAGCUGCCGCCACGUCUCACCGAGGAGCUGGAGGAGGAAGUGCCUGCCACGGAGCCACCACCACCGCCAGCGCCAUCCAGUACAGCGCCCGUUGCACCACUCAGUCCCAAUACACACAUUGAUUUGACGCCACCACCACCGGCACUGGAGGCGUCACAGCUGAGCAGUCCGGUGCAUAUGAACAGCGCCGUCGUCGUCGAGGAGCUGCCGGAUGUGUGUGAUGGGAAGAAGAUUGCGAUUGCCUGCUAUCUGGGCCAGCCCGAAUCCUUUGUCAAGUACUGCGAGGAGUUGCUCGAACUGGACGACUUCUAUGCGAAUGGCGCCAUCAUAGCCAGCCACGAGGCGGAACAGGAUCAUGCACAGGCGCAGGCACAGGCCCAGGCCCAAUCUCAAGCGACUUCCUUUAAUAAUGCAGCCAACUGCAAUGAGUUCAUCAUUGCCUGCACUUAUAUAUCGGGCAAGACGACCUGGCAGAAUCUGGAUUAUAUUGUGCGCAAGACCUUCAAGGAUUAUGUGGCACGCAUUGAUCCCGGCACCAAUCUGGGCCUCAACACCGACUCCAUCACAUCGUAUCAUCUGGGCGAGGCGAAGCGCGGACCCGAAAUGGGAUUCCCCGAGCUGCUGCCCUGCGGCUACAUUGUGGGCAACGUGAAGACGUUGUACAUAUGCCUGCAGGGCGUGGGCAGCUUGGCCUUCGACAGCCUCAUUCCGCGCAGCAUUGUGCAUCGCUACAUCAGUCUGCUCACCGAGCAUCGACGUCUCAUCCUGUGCGGCCCCAGCGGCACAGGCAAAUCCUAUUUAGCACGGCGGCUCGCCGAGUUUCUGGUUGCACGCGCCGGUCGCGGCAAUCCCUCCGAGGCCAUAGCCACGUUCAAUGUGGACCACAAGACGUCAAAGGAUCUGCGACAAUAUCUGGGCCACAUUGCCGAGCAGGCGGCCAUUGCCAAUGGCGUCUCUGAGCUGCCAUCUGUGAUCAUAUUGGACAACUUGCAUCAUGCCUCCGCUCUGGGCGAUGUCUUUUCCUGUCUGCUCAGUGCCGGCCCAGCCACCAAGCUGCCCUGCAUCAUUGGCACCAUGUCUCAAGCCACCUGCAACACGACCAAUCUUCAGCUACAUCACAAUUUCCGAUGGGUGCUCACAGCGAAUCACAUGGAGCCGGUAAAGGGAUUUCUGGGUCGCUUCCUGCGCCGUCGCCAAUUCCAGUUGGAGCUGCAGACGCAGCAUUCGCAGCCGGAGCUGGCCGCUGUGCUGGCCUGGUUGCCAUCUGUGUGGCAGCACAUCAAUAGCUUUCUGGAGGUGCACAGCUCCAGUGAUGUAACAAUUGGGCCGCGACUGUUCCUCUCCUGCCCGCUGGACCUGAAGGACUCGCAGGUGUGGUUCACGGACAUUUGGAACUACCAUCUGUCGCCCUAUCUAAUCGAGGCGGUGCGCGAGGGCGUACAGCUCUAUGGACGGCGUGGCGGAGCCUGGAAAGAUCCUUCGGCCUUCAUACGCAACUCAUAUCCGUGGCCCUAUGGGCCCGACUCGGUGCCCCCGCUACGUCAGAUCAAUGCCGAGGAUGUGGGCCUCGAGGGCGUGGCCCUCAGCAAUGGUGAUCAACAGGAUCCACUGCUAAACAUGCUGAUGCGAUUGCAGGAGGCGGCCAACUACUCGGAGACACAGGAUCAGGAAUCGGAUUGCGCCAGCCUCGACUCCAAUGUGACGCCAGAUAGCUCGGCGGGUGCCGAGUGAAGCGUUCAUUCCUAGUUCUUGUUAACUUCUUACAUGCCAAAUUUGUAUUUUUCUGUUAUCUAUUUUCUUUUUUUCCUCUUUGCUGUUGCGUUGUAAACGAGAGCAUCUUUGGGAAAUGCCAAACACAAGAAAACAAAAUAAAAUCACACACAACGUUCACAAAUGAAAUUUCUUGCACUACUUUCGCGUAAUUGUUCAAAAGCAGUUUCAAGAAGUUGCCAUUUGCAGCACAUCUCUCCGAGUAUCACUAGUUUCCUAGUCUCCUACUCAUUCCCUCUUUCUCUUCCUCAAAAAAUCUGUAAAAUUGCACUUUUUAGCGCACUUGUUAAAAAUGCAAAUUGCCCAAGAUCAGUAAGAAACCACGCACUUAAUCACUAAAAUUCAAAACAAAAUCCUGGCGUCCCUUUGCUUGAAUUCAACGCAACUUGAGAUGGAGAGACAUAAACAUUAAAUGUUUUAAACAAAAUGGAAAAAAAACUUUUUUGUAUAUAAAAACCAAAAAUCCCCCAAAUUAUAUUUAUAAGUAACCAAACUAUACACGGCGGUAUCAGCAUUUUAUACCAUGGCAAAAAAAUAAAAGAAAAAAUAAAAGAAAAGAAACAAAAUGAGAAAAACUCUAUUGUAAAUGUAGCCGUAAGUUUUUGCUACUACCAAUUUACAAGAUGUACAUUUAAAGGAAAAAGCUUUCACUUUAGUUUAAUUAUUUGCAUAAUUAUCAUUAAAU